CUAUUCCCCUUUCUAAUAUCUCCUCAUUUAUAGAAUAAUCCUACCCCACGCCAACCCUACCCCCACCACCCCCUCUAUAAAACAACCAUAUAAAUCUCUCCAUUUUCUUCACCAAUUUAAUUUCAACCCUAAUAUAUUAUGGCUUCCAAGUUUUUUCAAAAACUCAACAUUUUCAUUACUUUCUUGUUGUUGUUACUAUUUCCGGCAGCCAUUGCUGAGCUUCACCGGUUGGAACAUCCGGCGUCGACCGGCGGCUUGCUUAGCUUUUUAGUCAUCGGAGAUUGGGGAAGGAGAGGAACCUUUAACCAAUCUCAAAUUGCUCAACAAAUGGGAAUAAUUGGAGAGAAAUUAAAUAUAGAAUUUGUUGUGUCAACUGGAGACAAUUUCUAUGAUGAUGGAUUGAAUGGUGUGGAUGAUCCAGCUUUUGAGGAAUCUUUUACCAAUAUUUACACAGCUCCAAGCUUACAAAAACCAUGGUAUAAUGUUUUGGGGAACCAUGACUACAGAGGUGAUGCUUUAGCACAAUUAAGUCCCGCUCUUAAGCAAAAGGAUAACAGGUGGAUUUGUUUAAGGUCUUAUAUUGUUAAUACAGAUGUGGCAGAAUUUUUCUUUAUAGAUACAACUCCUUUCCAAGAUAUGUAUUUCACAACUCCUAAAGAUCAUACUUAUGAUUGGAGAGAUGUUUUGCCUCGAAAAAAUUAUCUUUCUCAUGUUUUGAAGGAUUUGGACUCAGCAUUAAGAGAAUCAAGUGCAAAAUGGAAGAUAGUGGUUGGUCACCACACCAUUAAAAGUGCUGGACACCAUGGCAACUCUGAGGAGCUUGGAGUACACCUUCUUCCCAUUUUACAGGCAAACAAUGUUGACUUUUACAUAAAUGGACAUGAUCAUUGCUUGGAGCAUAUCAGCAGUUCAGAUAGUCCACUACAAUUCUUGACAAGUGGUGGUGGUUCAAAAUCAUGGAGGGGUGAUAUGAAUUGGUGGAAUCCAAAUGAAAUGAAAUUUUAUUAUGAUGGACAAGGCUUUAUGGCUAUGCAAAUUACUCAAACACAAGUUUUGAUACAAUUCUUUGACAUUUUUGGCAACAUUUUGCAUAAAUGGAGUGCCUCAAAAAACCUCUUUUCCAUUAUGUAAAACACCUCAAAAAAUAUGUUGAACAAAAAAUAAUAAUUAUGGAUUUAAUUUGCUUCUAAUAAAUAUUAUUCUAGCUAAUCAUUGAUGUAAUUGAAAAAUAGUGUAGAUUUUUGCCCAUAAGUAAUUAACUUUCUUCUAGUUGUCUAAUUUAAUUUUAAUGGGCGGAUGUAUUGUAUUGUACUGUACCCAAUAUCUUCUAUUGAAAUAUUUAUUUAUAA